UAAAAUGCAGAUUUCUUAAAUUGAAAAUUUCAUUGAUUAAAGAAUUGCUAACGAAGUUGAUUUACUAAAAAAAAGAAGGGAUAGAAUGAACAAAUAAGAUCAAAAAGAUUUCAUAAAUGAAGAUGAUGAUGAUGAUUUUGAUGGAAAUAUAUAAUAUACUGAUAUUGAACACCUUAAAGAUUUCAAAUAGGUUAGAGUUGGCUUUGAAGGAAAAUACUUAUCAGAGUGGAGAGGGGCUCUAUACUAUUUUAUUAUUAAAUACGAAAAUUAUCCUUGUAAACCUGUAAAGAUUGAAUUUCCCAAAGAAUUUAGACAUUAAUAUAUUAUUUAAAAUACUGGUGUCUAUUGUCAUCCAGAUUGGAGCGAUAAGUAUUUUGAUAUAUAUUUUCAGAUAUUGGAAGAAAUCAACUACCUUAGAAUACAUUAUUAAUCGAGUUAUUUAGACAUUUCACGAAAUUCCUACAUAUUCAGAUUAUCCGGCUGAUUUGAGCAUUGUACAAUUAAGUUUAAAUAAGGAAGAAUAUUCAAAAGUUAUUAAAGCUAACAAAGUACAUGCUACAAAUUACAACAAUAAAAUUAACGAGGAGAGACAAUAUCAUGAAUAAAAAAGAUAGAAAAAAGAAAAAGAAGAAUAAGAAAAAAAAAAAAAAUAGGAAGAACUAUAAAUCUAAAAGUUAAAUUAACAAAAAGAGGAUGAAGAAAGGAAAAAAUAACUUCAAGAUUAAGAUAAAUAGAUACAAAUGGAAUAAUAGAGGCUAGAUUAUGAAUAGUAAUAAAUGUUGUCAAGAUAAACCUAAUUCUAUUAAAAUUAAAAUCCACAAAAUCAAUAUUAAUAAAAUGAUAUUACUUACAAUAAUAAAAAUAUGAAUUAAUUUCCUCAAGGGAUGAAUCAAUUAAAUAAUAUGUAAAUUUUAUCACAGCCUUAGUAAUUUUAGUAGUAUCCUAAUUAAAAUAUGAAUUAAAAUUAUUAACCAUAAAAUUAUGGUUAAUUCUCAAACCCUGUUGCUUAUCAGAAUAAUUAAUAAAUGUAAUAAAAUCAAUAAAAUCAAUAAAAUCAAUAAAAUCAAAAUUUUUCACCAUAUACGAUGAAUUAAUCAAUAUAAAGUAAUCCAUAGAAUAAUUUUUAUGGCUAACAGCCAAUACAUAAUCAGGCCACCCAUAAUAAUUAACCAGUAGGAAAUCCUAAAAUUAAGAUUCUGAGCUAGCCAAAACCUUCAUGA